GAGUCGCUAAGGGUGUAAAUAACAAAUACUCCUGGCGUGGUACAUAGGAACACAAACCCGUAGCUCUGCGAGAAACAGAUAUAAAUGGAGAGGUAAGGGAGGAGCUAAAAUGGAGGAUAAGUGAGGCGAGGAGUGCAAACUACUCUGUUGUAAAAGCCUUUCAUAAAAACCUUUAUAUAAUUAUCUGGAAGUCAGUAUCUGUUCGCUCAUCUUGGAACGAGCUCCUCUUCUUAGGCCCCUUUGCGACAGGAGAAAUGACUAAAUCAGAAGACUUCAAGCUGCUCAAGAUCCAGACUAUUGUACUUAAGGUGAACAUCCACUGUGAUGGCUGCAAGCACAAAGUGAGAAAACUCCUCCAGAGAAUUGAAGGGGUCUAUACAGUAAGCAUAAAUGUAGAAAACCAGAAGGUCACUGUCUCAGGAAAUGUGGACUCUGGUACAUUGAUCAAGAAACUAGCUAGAUCAGGUAAGCAUGCGGAGCUUUGUUCUCAGAAACCCAAUAACCAAAUCCAAAAGAUCAACAACCAAAACCAACAACAGAAAGUUUCUAACCCCAUCAAAGAAGCCAACAAGAACAACAAGGAACAUGGAAAACAAGGGCUCAUGCAAGGCCUCAAAGAUUUUAAAAACCAACACAGCCUUCCUGCAGCUUUUAGUUCCGAUGAUGAUGAUGAUUUCGAUGAUGAUGAUGAUUUUUAUGAUGAUGAUGAUGGGGAUGAGGGAGAGGCCCCGUUUAUGGAGAAGUUAAAACAACUUAAUUUAAUGAAGCAAGCGAACAAUACAGCAGCAGAAGCAGCUAGUAGUGUGAAGAAAAAUGGAAAUGGAAGUGGGAAUGUGAAUGGAAACAAUGGAGGGGGAAAGAAGAAAGCUGGAAUUAACCCAAAUCAAAAGAUUCCAAAUGCUCCACAGCCCAAAGGCAUCAAUUCACAGGCUAACAUGAACCCAAAGAUGGGAAAUCCUGCUGCCCACUUGCUUGGUGGGAACCCAGUAAAUGGAGAUUUAAAGAGAAUGGCUAUGAUAAACAACCACAAUGGCAUGAUGGGCAUGGGAUUUCAAGGCAUAGGGAACAACAACAUGCAAGUUAGAAACAACAACAUCAAUGGAUUUGGCCUCAAUCAGCAUCAGCAAACUCCCAUGAUGGGGGGAAUGCAUGGCCAUCAACCAUCACCCAUGAUGAUGAACACGAGAGGACCCUGCAACAACAAUGGUAUGAUGAUGAUGGGUCAUGAUAAUAGAUACAUGCAAUUUCAACAGCCUCAAAUGAUGUACAACAAGUCUCCUCAGAUCACGCCUUAUACUGGAUACUACUACCAGUCUUACCCAAGCCCUUAUUAUAUCCAAAACCAGAAAGAGGUAAGUGAUUUUGGUGUUCAUCUAUUCAACGAUGAGAACACUAGCAGUUGUGCCAUCAUGUAAUAAAGGAUUUCAAGGGCUUUCUUAUGCUUUCUUUAAGGGCUUGUCUUUCAGUUUGUAGGGCACUUUCUUCUGUUAUUUUAUUUUGUUUGUUGUAAGUGUGGUGAUGUCUAUUAUGUGAAGCAGUGAUUAAUAUCAAAAUAUUCAUUGACUUCAUCUUUAUAUUUUUUAUAAUUUGUUUGGGCCUCAAAUUAUGAGUGCCCAUGUGCAUCCA